CCAUACAAUAAAAGCCAUACAGAAAAUUAAAACCAGAUAACUGUUGCGGAAAAAUAAUUGCCUGCCUAACCUGCCGGAAUAGGAAAAUUUUACGGCAGGCAUUUAAAAGUCGAGCACAGAAGACGCCUGCUGACUCUCUAGUGGCCGAGAGUUCCACAGGACUGGGAAAACGACAAUAAAGGCUCGGUUUCUUUUUUUGUUGUCAAAUGAGCCUUGCAAACUGGAGGAGCUCUAACCAUCUCAUACAAUGGGAGGAAAAUACUCCCUUUAGCAAUCACCUUUUGGUCCAAGACAGGUGUGUGAUGAAGGGAGGGAGGGAGGGAAAAACCCUGUUAAUCACCUGAUGCAGGUGAAGCUAUAAAAAGCUGCUGCUAGGGGUAUUUUUCCCUUUCUGGGCUGAAGAAGGCCUUGUAGGGUGUGAAGAAUGGGGGGCUAUGGCUGGCUGCUAGUUUGCUUAACUGUGGGGGCGAUGCCAGCCCCACGUAGAGUUCAUACAGGACAGUGGUUCCCUUCGACCCAGUCCUGGUGGGUUCAGCAAACUGGGCCUUACUGGGUGAAGGUAAAAUGUGACCAGUCCCAAGUUAUUGUGUCGGUGGAGAAAAGUCCGGGAGCCAAAGAGCUGGUGAAACCGAGUGACCUGACCCUGGGAGACUGUCCUUAUACCAGCCUCAAAGGAGAAAGUGUGGUUUUUGUGGUUGCCAUCCAAGCGUGCGGAUCCCAGGUCCAGCUGACUCCCGGCACUAUGAUCUACAGAAAUAUUUUGUUUUACAAAGCGGAAAGGCCUGCUCCCACCACAGCUGAGCCCAGCCUGCCGUCUGCAGUCCUCAUUGAGUGUCAUUGUCCAAGGCAAAUGCCCUUAGGAGGCUCAAGGAAUAUCAGUGAAGCAAAAGGCUCCGAGAUGCUGGCGAAACUGAGAACAGCUGUUGGGCGACAGAAAAGAAAUGUCUAUUGGCAGCAAGAGAACUCGUCUUUAAUUCAAACGGAGUCCAACGAGGACACCACCCUUGCUUCAACCCAGGGCACAGUUCCAGACGCGGAGAAGAAAGUGGUGAUUGUGAAGCACAAGUCUGCACUGAUGAUGAAGGAUCCUGGGAUGAUAAUGGCGCUGAUUAUCGUCGUAUCUUCGCUUGCACUCGUCCUUUUUGCCAUGAUAACCCAGUUCGUGUACCAGAGAUGCGGGGGCUGAUGCCGCUUAGUGGGGAGUUGUAAUUAAUUUUGUGUGUGCAUGUGUUAAUAA